AUGGUGUUUUUCCAACUCGGCAAAGAACAAAACCUCGAGUUAUUGAUGUUUUGGCAACUAGCAGAAGCGUAUAGAAAUAAUCCCUGCGUUGAGUUUUUGGUGGGUGCUGUUGAUGCUUUCCUAAUAACCAACUCCCAAUACGAGGUGAAUCUCGACCAUAGAUACAAGAAACAGGUCCUCGACGUUUAUGACAGAAUGAUUAUUAUAUUAAAGCAAUACGUCGAAACUAAAGCAACGCGGAAUGAGGCGCAGACCUUGUGUACACCUGAUUUGCUGGACAAGCUGCAGUUGGGCAUUUUUGUGCUACUUUACGAAAGCACAUACAAGCGAUCAAUUGCAAUGCUCUCGCCUUGGGGCAAGAAACUGUCAACUCCAAAAUCCGAAGUAUCGAGUGCCAGAACCUCCGAGCCUUUGCGGAGUCGAGAACUGACAGUCCACAGUAACAGUGAACUGGGUAACAUAAGGCCGGAACUUAAGCGACGCGACUCUUUCUUGGAGAAGCUGAAGCGAAGGAAAGGCUCCGGUAAUAAGUCUACCAUGGCAUCAACAGCCAAGUUAACUUCGAAAGGUGAUGAGAGUCCCGAGUUGAUCUCAGAACAGAAGGAGGAAGACGUCACAGUGAGCUGCAGCAAGACCGUUGCUUGUAGCAGUCCGAUACCUUCGUUACGAUUUGUAGGAAAGGGAUCAGGGGGAGACCGAAGCCCCAU